AUCGAAGAAAUUCCUACAAACGUUGUUGAAAAAUUGUUAUUCCAAAACGCGGUGGUGAAUACGACUAUCGUUUGACUUCGAUAACUAGAAAAGUUGUUUUUGAAAAAGGGCGAAAAUGAGGCGGAGAAUGUGGGGCCGUUUUACCCUGUUAAGGAAACCGCCAGCACCAUGCGGUACGCUGUGAUUGAAGAAAUUAGAAAAUAAUCUUAAACGGUCACUCUGACUACCAAUAAAAUUCAAGGAACACUUACGCGUAAUUUGCAACCGCGUUACUCCUUUGACCAAGCUGCUCCGAAUUCAAAAGACGCGUGCGCACGUGGCUAUUCAAAGAAUGAUGGAACGGAUAUACAUAAAAAGGAGACCCAUUCACUAACUCCUCGCGACGACUGAAAAUUCUGCCUGAAAAAUUAUCAGCUGCGUACAAAUUGCAGCUGUAAUACACGUCCUCAUGCCUAAGAAAUAUCCAUCCCGCCCUUGUCUACGUUAUUUCAAUACGAACAUAGAUAUAUCGAACAAAGAAUUAUCUAGAAAAGAAUCUCGAGUUCAUUCCGCAACCUGCGAUAGUUUAACAAGAGGAGCUUCAUUCGACUAUCCAUGGAGAGGGAAAAAGUCUCAAGUCACUACGCGUUGCGUUUCCCGUGUCUUCGUGUAGACGCCACAGUUGGCAUCGACUUUUCUCAAGGUCCAUCCCAUUAUAUUGGCCCUCCAUUUCACGACGACUGACCCGAAAACUACACGCACGCGAUUCAACGGCUGCAAAGCCUCUUCUCCGUUCGACCUGAAUUUAACGUGACGAAAUCUUUUGUCGUUCAACCGAAUAUUCCUCUUAGGUGUUGUUUAUCGAUCUAUUUUUUAGUUGUUACCUUUUUUUUCACGGCAACAGCUGCUGUCGACACAUGAAAUCGCCUUAUCUAAAAUCGUGAUAUUUACGCCGAUAAUACUCUUCAGAUUCACGCGCUGAUCCGGAAUAAUCUGAACUUUCCCUGAGAACGAGCCGUACUGUUCUUGAAUCAAUUGCUCGCCGCAUAUAGGAGCAAGCGUUUGCGAUACGAGUAUAAAGAGAGCGAGAAAAACGUCUGUACAGAUACACGGGUGGAAUAAUAAUAGUAACAUUAGUGAUAGUAUGAGUAGUAGUAGCCAGCUGGAAACUGCAACAGAUAGAAGAUAAACGCAUUCGAGGUUUGUGACUCGCCUGCAGUGCGUACGCGGAGACUCGCCAAAGAGCGCUGCUCCAUCCGAUACCAGUAUACGAUGUCAGUUGUUUUUUGUCGGGAUACCGUGAGGUUUACAUCUGGACCUUGUAGAAGGCACGAGACUUUAUACAGAAUCCUGACUUAACGGAAUCCUUUCGAUUGCGCCGAAUGUUUCUCGAGAAAUCCGUGUGAUCGAGAGCGAUGAUCGAAGUUGUAGAUUCAUCGGAUCGGUUCAGUUGAAAUGAAAUAAAAAUUUCCGGUUUUAUUCUUCGUCGAUUUUGAAAAUUUUUUGAAAAUUUCGAAAGUGGAAUGAAAGAAAGAGAGCGUGUUUCUUUUGAAAAAAAUUAGACGAUAACUUUAUCAUACAGCAGGUACAAACAGAUAACUGCAUAAUUGUUAAUCCGCGAUAAGUGAAGUGGAAAGAAAUUAAAGAAUAUAAUAAAGGAUAAUUCUUUUUCAACGCGAACAGUCCUUGUAAAGUGAAGAAUUAUCUUGAAAUUUUAUAUACGUUGAAGUUUAAUUGAAAAUAGCAAAAUGACUGUGAAAGCUAAAGCGGAGGAGAUGAAGAAACAGAAUAAACGAACUGUUAAAUUUGACGAAGAUAACUUUGUACCGCCGGACGGAGGAUGGGGUUGGAUAGUGGUAAUCGCAGCCGGACUCGCAAACUUCUGCAUUUUCCCGGUACUUCAGUCAUUCGGUUUAUUUUUUGGCGACAGAUUCGCGGACUUGGGAAUUAAUUUGUCGCAGACAACUACAAUUAUUAACGUUAACAGCGCAGUGACCGCGUGUGUCGGCUUAUCGAAUGGACCAGUGUUCAGAAGAUUCUCGUACAGACAGGUAUCGCUCUUCGGAGGACUGGCGUGCGCGAUAUGCAUAUCGAUUUUAUCGACUAUGGAAACCUUCACGGGCUAUUUGAUAGUAUUUUCAGUCCUAUUCGGUGCUGGAACGGGAUUUUCGUCCUCGGCAAACGCACUGGCCUUGAAUACCUAUUUUAAGAAAAAAAGAAGAAUCGCCAUAGGUUUCAGCUGGACGUGCACGGGUCUAGGGCCCAUCAUCAUGCCUCAGAUCAUCACCCUUUUGAUGCCGAUUUUCGGAUUGCAAGGAACGGUCUUACUUUUCGGAGGAUUCGCUUUCAACGCGGUCGCAUGUGCUCUACUUCUUCAGCCGGUAUCGUGGCACGUUGGAAAAACCGACGGCGCAACAGACGUCAAAGAGAAUAAUGAAAAACUUACCGAAGAACACGAACUGGCACUUUUGAACGGCACCCAAAGUAAAUCAACGGAGAGCGUGAACGGCGGUAAAAAAUUAGAGCGCGAAAAUCGAUUUAGCGAAAGGUUUGCGAGCCAAUAUCUUUACUACGACGACGAGGAGCAAGGGGCAUCUGGGAUCGAUGUCUUCAGUCCAGGAACGCCAAUGAUGUCAAGGGCAAACGACGGCUGGUACUCGAGAAAAUCGAUCGCAGUUUCCAGUAAUUCCUUGGCAUCGAAUAAGACUGUCCAAACGGAAAAUUCCCAAAAAACUUUGAGCAGAUACCCGUCGAUAAGCCUCAGCAGACAAUCGAGCGUCAAAGCUUUGAGCAGAGGCUCGUCCCUCAGAACUUUGAACAGACAAAAUAGCGAAGGAGAAACGGGGAAGAACGUACCAGAAAAGUUGGCGAAGAGAAAGCUUUCCACUUUACCAUCGGCGAUUAAUUCUCCCCUAAUCAUUGUCGACGAAUCCUGCGAACACGCCGACGAACAGGGGGAGUGCCUUAACGACAAUUGCAGCAAUGAGGAAUGCAUGAAAAAAAAAAUAACUCACAUAUUCGAAACGACAGGUGCUACUUUGAACGGUGAAGUCGUCAACGAAGUCGCUAAGCCAGAAGAUAAAAUUGACGAAGUAUUGCCGACACAUCCGUGGUACAAGCGAUUCAUAGCAGCACUGGUGAUUUUCUUCGAUCUCAAUUUACUGAGGGACCCCGUAUUCGUGAACCUCAUGUUCGGAGUGACCUUUGCGAAUCUUGCGGAAAUUAAUUUCUCCCUGAUGACGCCGUUUGUCCUCGGCGAUUACAAAUUCUCGAAAGUGCAGGUUGCUUUCGCGAUGUCGAUCCUGGCCAUCGUCGACGUUUUAACCAGAAUUAUAAUUCCCUUCCUCGCCGGAUACAUCGGGAUGUCAAACAGGAGAUUCUUCCUCUUCGGAGUUUGCAUGAUGGCCACCGGUCGCAUGGUCCUCGCGCAUUAUCACACCUACGAGAUGACUCUCGCACUCUCCGUCUGGAUUGGAAUCGGAAAAGCCUUCAAGACAGUUUUCAUGGCUCUCGUUAUUCCGACGCACGUACCGUUAUCUCGGCUUCCAGCUGCGUCGGGUCUGCAACUGCUCUGCAGUGGCAUAAUAUAUUCAACAUUGGGACCUAUGAUCGGCAUGGUCCGUGACAUCACCAAGGAUUACGCCAUCAUGUUGCACUUCUUAAACAUCUUUACUUUCGGCACUGCGAUUGCCUGGUUCACAGAGGAAUAUUUUACAAGCAGACGUAAGAAACUGGAAAAAUUAAAAGCGGAGGGGAACGGAGACGUUGAAAAAUCUUGACCGUAGGCUGUAAUAUUAACGUUCCCAGCUGCAGCAUGAUAUCACUUCGGUUUAUAAAAAUACAUAUUUUUUUAUAUCGACGACCGAAGCCCCUUAAGAUAUAAAUGAAUAGAAAACUGUGCGUUUGUAUGCACAUUAUAAUUGUUAAAGAAAUGGUGUCACGAAGGAUAGUAUAUUCAUGUCUUUUUUUUUUUAUGUCGUUCUUCGUUUCGCGGAGAUCGAUCUUCAUGUAUUAUUCGAUGCAUCUAUUUCUGGUGGUUGUAACGAGUAUUAUUUGUGGAUUUUUUCUGGUUUUUUUUUUUUCCAAUUAUGUGGAACAGAGCGAAAGAUGAUGUGCCUUAAUAUCGGCACGCGAUUCGCUACGCUAGGUGAUUUGUAAUGGAUAUGAAUACAUUAUAGAAUAGGUGAUUACCCUAAAAAUUAAAAUUAAUUAUGUUAUGUAUCUAACUUAACGUAAAAGAGGCACGUGUAAAUAAUACCUAUUAAAUGUUUCGAACAAUAAAUUUCUUUUCUAUACACAAA